AUGGAAGAUUAUAAAUAUUUAUUCAAAGUUGUUCUCGUUGGUAACGCUGGCGUUGGAAAGACGUGUAUCGUUCGAAAAUUUACUCAGGGAAUAUUUCCGCCAGGUCAAAGUGCAACAAUCGGAGUUGAUUUUAUGAUAAAAACAGUAAAAGUGCAUGAUGAUAAAAUUAAGUUACAAAUUUGGGAUACAGCUGGACAAGAACGUUUUCGUUCAAUAACUCAAAGUUAUUAUCGUUCGGCUCAUGCAAUUGUACUCGUUUAUGAUGUUGCAUGCCAACCAAGUUUUGAUUGUCUCCCCGAGUGGCUUAGUGAAAUCGAACAAUAUGCUAAUCGUAAAGUUUUAAAAAUUCUUGUUGGAAAUAAGGUCGAUAAAGAGGAUGAACGAGAAGUUCCGGAACGAGUUGGAAGAAGUUUUGCAGAAGCUAAUAUUUUCGAUUAUUUUUUGGAAACAUCUGCUUUGGAUGCGACAAAUGUCGAUACACUUUUUCAUGAGGUUGCAACAAGAUUGACUUGCGAUAUGAAGAAGAAUGAUGAAAGGUAUCCAACGAAUAAAAAUGAGAAAAAUUCUGGUUCAAUAAGUUUGUUGGAUCGAGUUACAAUGCAAGCGAAUUCAUGUUGCGGUAGAAAUUAA